UUUUUUUUUUUGAAUUUUGGAACAUNUCUGCGCUGUUUUCGCAGAGAUUCUGAACUCUCAUCUUCUUCAUCAAUGGAAUCAAAUGAAGCGAAGGAGAUAGAGGAAGAGAUGAAGCGGCGGAUUCACGACUGGCGUGAGAUAUCGGAUGACCUCGUCGCUUCCGGAGACACUUAUGCUGCUAUUUCUCUUGUUCAAUCGGUCAUUCGCUACCUCCAUACCACAGACCUCAGUGAUCGAGUUCUCCGAUCGGCCAUCGCUCUCUCCCACUUGUCCCGUCUCUACGCUUCUAUUAGACCUGUGUUCCUAGUCGACGACAUUGCGCCUAAGGCUUCGAAAUCCCAAGUCUCUUCUUCCGUUGGGGAUGCCAAGAUUGUGGAAGAUGAUCGACCUUCGCCCUCAAGUGAUUCAGUCGAUGAAGCAUCCGUUCAAACUGGUAAUUUGGAUCAUAGUAGAGGAAGUGCAAAGCGUGCUCAAUCCUAUAUUGGGUCUUGGGAUGAUGAUGAUGAAGAUUGGGAAACUCGUACAGAUCUCCUGCCAUGUGAUUUUGUAAGGAGGAAACGUGAACAACAGUAUCUAGCAGAAGGCAAGGAGACAAAAUUCCGAACCACUAGACAAUAUGGGAGGGGGAAAUUUGCAUGGACGAAACGUGAAUCGUGCAGUGAUAAGCUAUCUGAUUCUUCAACUAUCAUCAAUGAUACGAAUAGCAAAGAUGCUUCUCAAGUAUUGGAGGCGGAAAACGCUCCUCAAGUAUUGAAGGGGGAAGACACUUCUCAAGUAUUGGAGGCGGAAAACGCUCCUCAAGUAUUGGAGGGGGAAGAUGCUCCUCAAGUAUUGCACGGGGAAGAUGCUCCUCAAGUGUUGCAGGGGGAAGAUGCUCCUCAAGUGUUGCAGGGGGAAGAUGCCCCUCAAGUAUUGAAGGGGGAACAUGCUCCUCAAGUAUUGAAGGGGGAACAUGCUCCUCAAGUAUUGCAGGGGGAAGAUGUUUCUCAAGUAUUGCAGGGGGAAGAUGUUCCUCAAGUAUUGCAGGGGGAAGAUGCUCCUCAAGUAUUGCAGGGGGAAGAUGCUCCUCAAGUAUUGCAGGGGGAAGAUGCUCCUCAAGUAUUGCAGGCGGAAGAUGCCCCUCAAGUAUUGCAGGGGGAAGAUGCUCCUCAAGUAUUGCAGGGGGAAGAUGCUCCUCAAGUAUUGCAGGCGGAAGAUGCCCCUCAAGUGUUAAAACACUAUAGUACUCAACAUGUUCUUGUCCUAGCUGACCUUCCACCGACUACCAGAACAAUAGAACUUGAAAGGCUACUUGGGAGGUGCAUGAAUUCUGGAGUUCUCCUUCGCUGGGUCAAUGAGUCAGUCGUAGUUGUAGUUUUUCAGACACCAUCAGCUGCACUCGAGGCUCUGAAUCGUAUUAGAUCUCCUUUCACUGCACGCAUACUUGAUGAGAAUGAUACUCUGUUGAGCUCAAUUUCACCGAGUGAUCUGGAGCCUGCAAAGCUGAGGCCAAAGACUGAUGUUAGAAUAGCCCGGCGGCUGAUCGCUCAAGGAUUAGGAUUGAGGUUUCCAGAUUUCCCCACUGCCUUCGCGAUGAAAGGACUAAGAAAACUGGAAGAAGGCACCACAAGUUGAGGGAUGAAGCUUGGGGAAGUGAUGAUCCAAGUUAGGUUAGUUCUUGUACUUUUUUGUUGAAUGGAUGGAAAUUCUUGUUUAUCUCAAGAACGCUUUACUCCAUUACACAUCCCCAUGGCUUGAGUUCCAUUAAAGAAAUAUAAAAGUUUGUCCUUAUGGCUGCACUA